UUCUUGCAGUCACUCCGCGAAAUGCUAGUUUCUCCGUUGUCCAUUUUGCGACACUGCCUGCUCCGCUAAGAUAUGCUCGCGUGAAAGUAGUUUCUCUUACCGUGCGUCUCUCCCUCCCUAUUCGAGAAAAGCUCAACUCUUCCUACUCACCCGCCAUGCGGCCAGUGUCUCUUGCCGAGAUGCAUCGCCUGCUUGCCGUGUCACCAGGCGGUCGACUGCUCGGAUUGGACGUAGGAACGGUGCUGGUAGGCGUUGCCGUGUCCGACGCAGCGAAUCGGGUGGCAUCGCCUCUGCCUGUCGCCAACAGGCGAUGGCAGAGGAGGAAGGAGCAUAGAGAUUUUGGCAUCAGCAGCAGAUAUAGUGGGCGUGGAGUUGAGAUUGAUCAUGGAUCGGUGGACGGCGGUGGCAGUGGGGAUGUGGGGGAGGAAAGAAACGGAGAUGCGGUUAUUUUAGAUGAGAGAGGCAGUCUUGAUGAGGGGAUAAGUGUGCAGGAAGAUCCUGGUUUUUAUAAUCUGAGCCACAAAAGGUCAAGUUCAAAUGGUGGCUCAGUCAGCACAGCCCGCAGCAACAGCAGCCAUAGACCUGUCAAUUCCAAUCUUCCCUCGUUGUCACAAACUCUCCGGAACCGGCCCGUUUCACUUAGAACACUUGACUCCAUUGCUCGCUCUCGCUCAAUUGUUGGCAUGGUUGUGGGAUUUCCGUUGGAGCUGUUUGGCGGCCGCUCCAAUAUGACCCCUGUGAUUCAGGACUUCCUGUCCGGGGACAUUGCCAGGCACUGCCCCUACCUCCAUAGCGUCCCACACUUGUUGUGGGAUGAGCGCCUUUCUACAGCAUCUGCAACUGGGGUUCUUCAGGGGCUUGGUUUGCACGCUGUGUUGGAGAAGCAGCUCACCGACAAAAUCUCAGCGGUGUACAUCUUGCAGGGUUGUUUGGAUGCGCUUGCUCAUCAUCACAGGGGG